AUGUCUAUGAGUAUCUUUGUCAAAACACUAACGGGUUUGUCUUUUGAACUGCAUGUUUCCCCUGCUGAAACUAUCACAUCAGUCAAAUCUAAAAUUCAAAGGACUGAAGGUAUUCCAAUAAAUCAACAACACCUUGUUUGGCGAAAUUGCGAAUUGGAUAAUCAUCGUCGACUAAGAGAUUAUUCCAUAUCUGAGGGUUCAACAUUGUGUCUAGUUUUAAGUCUUCGAAGUGGUCCACUUAUUGAGCAUCGGACGCCACCGCUACGUCUGGCAGCAAACCACCCAUCAAAAACCACUGUACCACCCUUUACUUCAGUGUCCAGCUCUACCUGUGGCAGUAGUUUCGUGUAUUCAAACCUCUUAACUCCAGUGAUAAAACCGAGUAUAUUGCAAUCGCAAAACACUGAAAAUGGAGGACGUUCUGACUUGAUUUUGGACAAAUCAAAACAAAGUGGUGCAGAAUGGUACGAAAUAGACGAAGCCAACACUGAUAGUGUGUUACCAAGCGAUACUGCAUUGGAAUCACAACCUGAUCUUUCGGUAGAUGUUCGACCAAAAUCCAGUAGUAUUUCGUCUUCUGUAGCACAGAAAGCAUGGAUCGACACUCCAUUAAGUUCUGAGUUAAGAGAGCAAAAUUCAAACAACAUUGGUCAAAGUCCUCCUGAUUUAGAAGUGGUCGUUGGAAUAAACCCACUGAAUGGAAACAUUACGGAAACUACUUAUAUUUCCGAGAGAAAUCGAAGUUCAUCCUCUCCUGAAAAAGAAACCUUAAAUGCCUUAACUGAACAAGCAAGUGUCCCGAUAGCUGUAGCAGUUAACAAUCAUUCAGACGUUCCUGAAUCCUCGAAUUCGUCUCCAUUUUCACUGUCAGUUCAUUAUUCUGAAUCCUCUUCUGCAUUAAAUCAACAAAAUCAUCCAUCUAUUUGGGUUUCAUGUGAUACUCAUAUCCCUCCUCCUUUUCAAAAACAGGAUCGGGAAUCGAAAACCUCGGCCGCCAGUGAUUUUGGAGAAUAUAAAUUGAACAUCGAAAGAAUGUACAAAGAAAAUCAGGUAAAUGGUGUUGACGAUCUUGAUAAUUGUAGCAAUACGGAAACAACUAAUUCCACAUCAGCGAAUAUCCUUGCUAGUCUAUUGGCUAAGGUUGUUCCCAAUCGAACAUCUAUUCGCUGCUGUGAUGGACCCCGUUGUCUACAUCAAUCGCGCAGAGAAUUUUCUCCCUUACCGGAAGAAAGUGAAGAACAAAAUUCCUCAAUACGUUUCUCAUUUUUGGACAGUGAAUGGUUCGACAAAGAGCUUGACUCGGUUUCUAUUAAUUUUGAAACGGAUACUGAUCAGGAUGAUGACAGUCCACCGCUCGUAUCUACUGGCUAUCAAUCAUGCUCCUUCUGUAAUUGUGGAUUUAAUCAUUCGCACUCUAUUAGUUGCGAAGCUUUGGAGACUGCAAUCAAUAGUAUCGUUCAAGCCGAAGUUUUUGUCCGGCUUCAAGAGUGUGACGAGCUUGCAGAAAAAGUAAAACGUCUGAAGACUCAAAUGAAAAGCGUUCGUCUGAGAAAGCAAAACUGGUAUCAAAAUACUAAAUAUUCUAUGUGUAAAGAAGAAACGUCAGCUGAAGAUCAGUAUCAUGACAUUGCCAAUUGGGGGAAAAAUUCCGAGCAUGUUAAUGAAAUCGCUGCUAAUUCCUGUGAUUUUCCAUGGACGAACUCACAAAUCAACAGAAAUCAUCUGUCAAAUCUACAUACUUCGUCACUGAACUGUUUGAAAGAUGCAUCUGAUUUCCCAAAGUCGCCUCAUACUGACACCAGGGAUCGAAUUCGUCAGCGUCGCUAUGCUACUAUCACACCUCCUGAUGUUAACUGCCUCAUCAGAACAGCUGAUUCACAGUGUAGAGGUUCUGAAUCGACUACUAACAUUUUACCCUCCCUUUUCUAUCCAGAAUGCACUUCACAAAGUUCGGAGGGUAGUAUGUUUGAAAACUCCUUGUCUCUGAGGUCUCCUCAACAUAUAAAUCAGUUUUCGUCUCCUGACAAAAACCUCACAACCUCAGUGACCACUUUGUCAUACAAUAGACCAACGUUAUGUAGUGAUUCUGUCAGUCAAACCCGACAGCAUUCAAUGAAUUCUCUACAAGUUAGCAAAUUGACAAGACUUGGAAGUUCCAGUCGUUUUAGUUCAAACAGCAACCGUUCGACUCCUACGAAAACUUCAUCCUCCGUUCCAUUCUUGCCGAAGUUGGGGAGUUCAGUAUCGACAGGUCACCUGGCCACAACUAUUCCACCACGAUUACCUUCAAGAGGGGGAAGUCGACUGAAUACUCCUGUCCAUUUCAGCAAACCAAACGAUUGUGAUGAGAAAUUAUUGAAUCCCAUUCCUCCACACUAUAUUUCGACCGUUUUGAUUGAAGCAUCUCACCUGCCUUCAUCCCCUAAUUCCAUUAGACGCAAACGAUGUUCUAUGUGCUCGCGGAAGAUAGGGAUUACAAACAGCUACACAUGUCGUUGUGAUCGGAGUUUCUGUUCUGUACAUCGUUACGCUGAGGUUCAUGCUUGUCAGUACGAUUAUAAAGCAGAAGCACGUCGUUAUAUAAUUGAAUCCAAUCCCGUCAUAACUACACCCAAAUUACCGAAAAUCUAA